CCUUUUCUAUUUCCGACAAGUCAUCGGAAGAUUACCAGAUGUUGACCGACUCAACCGACUGUUUGCAUUUGAAAUUAUUGUUAGAAAUGGUUGGAAAUGAAUUAGAAAAAUGUGUCUGAGCUUUUUUGUGCUCUCAUUUUCUUCGAAGUGAUGUUGAAAGUCCGAUUAUUCAUUUAAUAGCAUGCAUACUUUCAGUGAAUUCAAAGUCAUCGAGCAUAAAAAUUUCUGAUGAUGACUGAUAACAUUUUCGUGCUAGUCUGGUUAUACGCGUCUUUUAAAAUAUUUUAAUGGUUUUUUCCGUUGAUCCUUGAUCAAUCGUCUUCGUCGAAAAGUGUUCUAAAGUAUUAACGAGAAUAUUUUUACCGCACUAUCUCAACUUGCGCUAUUCAUGCGAUGGAUGUUUCAAAUAUAGAUACGAUCUUACUACUUGAUGUAGUAGAAAAAGAACUCCCUCUACGUUGGGAUGAUUUAAUGAAAAAGUGCAAGUCGGUUGAAGAAUCGCUGAAAGAUGUAAACACCGAAAAAGAACAUCUAAAAUUCAAGUUGUCGUUUACUCAAGAACGAACAUUACAAUUAGAAAAGGAAAAACAAGCAUUAGCGUUGACGCUAAAAGAAUUGCAUCAAGAAUUGCAGAACACUUCUCUCUUCAAGAUUAUGAGUAAACUUCAAUCUGAUAUCGUGAUUCCAUUAGCUCAUGCAUCUGAUUCUACCGGAAUAGUACAGAGUGUCAAAGAUGAGGAUGAAGACUCGUGUUCAAAUGCUGGAUCAACUGAACAAGUUGCUAGUCAACAAAACUCUUCAUUUGCCAAUAAUGAUACGCCUUCUAUGGAAGUCGAUGUUAGCUCAGUACUUGAUACAUCUGCGAGUUCAGUUCAAAAAACGCAGAAUUCGGACAUCACGUAUCCUCAGUAUGAUAGUUAUGAGAACGACGAGCAGUUUUCUGAAACUAAUAGCGAUAUUGAGCUUGUUUUGAGCGAUGAUGAGCCCCCUUUAUCGGAAAAGGUACUGUCAGUCGACUUGGAGAGAUUUCAUUUACCAAAGAAUGCAGUAGACGUUGGCGUUUCCCUCGAUUCGUCAGAUUCACAUAAUCAAGAAUUGAGUUCAUGUGAUAUUUGCGAUAAAAGUUUUUUAUUUCCCGUGAAUUUCAAAAAUCAUAUGAAGGAAAUUCAUAAUAAAACCGCGGAGAAAAGCUCGUCUGAUCACAGUUCACAUUCUGAUUCUGAUGACUCAGUGGAAACUUUUAAAACAUGCAUUGUUUGUGAUGAAAUUUUCGCAGCGAAGGUUGAUUUAGAUCAGCAUAUGAAGCAAGUUCAUCCUAAUCAAUUUAAAGUUGUGCAAAUGCUCAAUGUUGAUUUUCGUAAAAAACCGAAAAUACUUCCAAGACUGCGAUCAAGAUCGAAAGAAAAAUCUCAGAUUUCAUCUGAUUUGCCUUCUUGCUCGAAAAUUGACCAUACAAUUCGAAAAAAACGUAGUGUCAAGAGUAAUUUAAAAAAGAAUAAAAUCAAAAAAAUCAAAAAAAUAAAGCAGGCAUCUUCAGAAACUGUCACUAAAAAUGAUCCGAGGUGUGAUAUCGUUCCGAAGAAACCAGAAAAAAAUUCUCCUGAACCUAAAUCUGAUCAGCCAUCUAACAAAAAAAAAUCCCCCUGCUACAUUUGCAGUAUUUGUAGUGAAGAUUUCAAAACUGGCUUGCAGUUGAACUGUCAUUUAAGAUAUUGUCAUGCUGAUGAUAGAAGAAUUCUAAAGUGCGACCAUUGCAUUUUUGUCUCGCAGGCAUUCGCUUCGAUGAAAAAUCACGUCAAAAAACAUCACGAGACAACUAAAAAAUAAUAUGCUCAACUCAAAAGUUGUCUUAUUAAUUGUUUGUUGUCCACAUAAACGCACUUGUAUGUAAAUACACGUGUUUUGCUCUAUAGGUACAUGAGAUAAAAUUCUGCUCAAAGGAUAAUAUCGAAUUUUAGUUCUUAUCUUGUGUAGAAAGACCAUAAAUGUCCAAUAUUAUCUUGAUUCGUAAACGUGUUCUGCAAAAAAAUCACAGUGAUGAACUGAUGACCAAAGCAUUUGAUAUAUUUUUAACUGGUUUAAAUUUUUUGCGAAGUUAUCUAGUAUUAAAUGUUAUUUUGAUUA